GGGCGUUCGCAUCUGCUUUUUAUGUUGUUCGGCUCUUGGCAACAUGAGCUGUCCCCCUUUCUCAGCACCUGUUGCAUUGGAGCAGCUGACGGACGCUACGCCGGCUUUAAAAAUGGUUGACAGCAGUAGUGACGUCUUUAGUUUGCUGAAGAAGAUUUGCAGUCUGCAGGAGGAGCGGGCAUAUACGUACAGACUUUUUGAAGAGGGUCACAAGAUAUACCUGUCAACUGCACCAAACUACGACUUUCCUACUUUUCGAGAGCUGGUACGUGAGGUGACCCAAGAGUUCAAGCGCAUCUCGGAGGGCAUGAUGGAUAUUGAACGGCGACUGAGGCUCAACUACAAUUCCGGACACCUAGCAGAUUAUGUGCGUGCCUUACAGGAAGAGGAAAAAGUCAAGCUGGAGCUGACAGCAAAGCUGCAGCUAGCCAAGCAGGACCUGCUGGACAAUCCAGAGGAGUACAAGAACCAAGCUGAUGUGGCAUCCAUGAAGGCCAGGUUAAAUGAGGUGGUUGAACGGAUAAAUGACAACCUCAUGGAACUCAAGUAUGAAAUGAAUGGCAUGUAAAGAAGACCAAGAAACAACUGCCAAUCGGUACCCUGCCAACAUAUGGUCUCUUAAGCUGCAUUCCUCAACAAAGAACAGUUCCCCGUGUUAUAAUACUUUCCAGUUUGUCACGCUUUACAUCAACUUUUUGUUCUGCUUUCAGUACUUGGCUAUGUAGAGAAUCUCAAAUUUGCUGCCUGUAUCGCCUUCGUCACUCUAAUGUUUUUGCCAACUAAGCAUGCAUGCAUGCCAUGUUCUUACUCAUCUGUUCAACAAUAGUUUUUGAAUUGCUAUUGGCACAAGCUGUCACUAAACAGAAGCUUAUUUGUUGUUUGCAGGAUUAAGUUGCUUGCACCCCCCCCCUUUUUUUUCUUACUGACUUUUCACAGAUUAUAUCUCAAGAACUUACUAGUGCAUCAAAAAGCCACCUAGCAACAGUGCAGUCACUUUAAAUGUUGUUUUUGUACCAAAGGAAAUAGUGUAAUGACAAGGGCAAUGUUUCAUUUGGUUUGUUAAACUAGGUUGUGAAUGAAUGCCGUUAAGGUGAAGUCAGCUAAUCAUUUCACCUUUGGGUGAAACUGCAAGGCAGUCCACUUUUCUGCACAUUGUCUUGGUGAAUUUUCUAACUGCAUUGGGGUUCUUGGUGUUUCCUUCAGAAAUCUUUUGUAACAGCAGUUGUUUAUAUAAUACGUACAAGGUCACGUGAUGAAAUUUUUCAUAAACAUGCUGUUUAUUCGACAACUUUUCCUGCAAGCAUUUUCAGAGGUAUUUCAAGUAAUGUUCCAUCCCUGUCUAAAAGACCAUCAAAGUUCAUCACUGCUCACGUAGUGAGGCCAUUUGUGACUGUGCUGAAUGCAUAUGCAAUAGUGCACUUGCUUGAUAUUCGUACCGUCUGCCAUAUAUGGUGGAACAAAUUGGUCAGCGGGAGAGUGACGAUUGUGUUCUUACAAGGGGGCCAAUGUGGAGGCAGUUUUUUCAGUCAUUCACUUGACAUGUCAUUUUGACGAGCAUUUUGUGAUAAAAACAAACUUUUCACCUUUGUUGUGAAAAUAACACAAGAGAAUGUUUUGUUCUCCCUCUUCUCUCUGGUACAUUUUCAUUUUUCAUGUGCACAAGUUUUGUUCUUUGUGCCUUGUAAUUAAUUACAUCAAUCGUGAAAGAACCAGAUGCUGAAUGUUUGCCACAAGAAACUCGGCCUUGCUCUGCGGAUGUGAUAGAAGCUCCAAUGCACAGGUGCUUUUCUUUUUUUUUUUUUUCCAUCUUUGUUUUUCUUGAUGCGAGGCUUUCAAGUAACAACUGCCUCUGGAAGUGAAUAAAAGCUCAAGAUUA